AUGCCGUUUAAGAGGCCAGAACUUCUUGAAUUUCCAACAAUUUACUACACAUUUAAGGUCAAAUCAAAAGAAAGUGAUGAAGUUAUAGAAUAUCGAGUCCAAGACCUGCCAGAUGAUCGUUUUGAAGAAGCACUAGAAUUAAUGAGAACUCAUUUUCUUCCCGAUGAGUCUUUAUGCUCCUCAAAAGGAGUUCCAGAUGAUCCACAUGCUACAAAAGUGUUAUUAGACUUUUGGAUCGAAUGCAUGAAAAAGCAUCUCUCAAUUGCCUGCUUUAGAAAUGACGGCGUUGAUGAUGAACUAAUUUCUGUCAAUUGUUUUGAUGUUCACGGGAAGGAUGAUCCAAAAGAGGAUGUUAAAUACGAUAGUGAAAAAGUUCAAACUGUUUUCGAAUUUCUUGAGUACACAUCAAAAGUGUCUGAUAUCUUCACUUCCUAUGAUAUUGAUCAAUAUCUCGCAGCUUAUGGACUUUGUGUAAAUCGCAAAUAUCGAGGUCAGGGAAUUGCAACAGAAAUGCUCAAAGCUAGGAUUCCAUACUUAAAAAAAAUGGGCCUUAGUAUUACUGGAACUGCAUUUACAGCAAUUGGAUCGCAAGUUGCUGCUAAGAAAGCUGGAUAUGAGGAUUUUUAUGUGAAAAGCUAUGAAGAAAUCAAGGACAUUGACACAAGGUUCGAUUUUAGAAACAAUUCAACCGGUACAAAGUUUUUUAAAAUUAUGGUUUUGAAAGCAGAUUCUUAACUGUCAAUUUUCCAUCCUCUAUUAUUUUAAGUCCAAACCAAAUUUAUUAUUAAAUGACCUUGAGUUCCUAUAAUGUUUUGAAACACAAUAAUAUGAGCAAACAUUAGAAUGCUUUUGUAUCAAUUUAUUAGCAUAAAAAGCCCCUAGAAUCUAUCAAAUGAAUAAACUGAAUUGAAUAAAAUCAUCUUAUU